AUGAUCAAUGCCAAAGAUCGCGAAGCAUACUUAUACCGCCAUGGAGAAUUUGACUACAAAUUCACCGCGUUUUUUGUUGCACUUUUUGUACCUAAUCGCAUAUCGCAUCACUCAUAUCCACCUAAAUAUGCCCCUUUCUGGCUUGUUCGUAUGUUCAAAAUUAUUCGAGUCACAGCUAGUCCGCAUAUGUGCAGGAUUCUCCUGCUUAUUUUGGAUGAGUCUUAUCGCGUUAAUCCGACAGCUAGGUGGCGAGCCAUCCCUUACAUUUGGUGCUACGGGUGUCGACACGAUUAUCCUCUUUGUCCGAAACGAGCACCACUUGGCUGUGUUAACCAGAUCGUCCUUAGCGGGACGUGGAAAAGGGACGUCCUGCUUCAUCUCAGCGGCCGGUGCGCUUGA